CUGACGUCACCAUUAGCAUAAUGGAAUCAAUCGUCAGCCAUUUUACUUAGAAAGCCACAACAAAAAGUCUACUGAAGACAACAACAAGAGUGUUUCUCGUUUUUACGAGAAUAUAAAAUGAUGAAGACACUAUGGGUUAUAGGGGCAACCCUUAUUCUUAUGGAUUUUAUAUCUGGAAUGUCAGAGCCUAAUUCACAUGAUCCAGUGAUAAACUCAAAGUUAAAGAAUGGCAGGGGACUUCCAGUCUUUCAUGGAAACGUCACAGAAGGAAGUCGGGUAGUCCAACUCGACCAGCCACUGAAAGCUACAGACCAGGAUGUACAGGGAGGGGCAAGAUUUAUAUGUGGAUACAGAGUUAUUUCCCCUCGCAAAAACAUUCCAUUUACGGUGGAACUGCUAGACAGAACCACUGGGGAGGCACAGGUGAAAGUGGCUGAAGGUCGAAAGGUCUCAUUCGAAAAGCGGAAACGCUACAAGUUCUCCGUAAUUGCAUACGAUUGUGGACAACCUGCCCGCGAAUCAAACAGAGCUAUAAUUUUCAUCCACAUUGAAGAUGUUGACCGCUUCGCGCCAACUUUCGAUAAGCCUGACUAUGAGGUGGAUAUGGAGGAGGAUAGAUUGUAUGACCCCUUGAUGACCUUGCACGCCCACGACAAAGACAGGUCAAAGCAGUUCAAGGAAAUUUGUGACUACGAAAUAAAGAAUCCAUAUGUGCCAUUUACCAUUGAUAAAAAUGGAAACAUUCGUAACACACAGAAAGUCUAUUACAAGGACAGACACAAUUUUAUUUUGAAAAUCAUCGCCCAGGACUGUGGAGGCAAACCAUCCAAGGCAGUAUUUGUCAACAUCUUGGUCAAAGAGAAAUGCAGGCCACAGUGGACAAAUUUCCCAGAACAAAUACAGUAUCUGGCCAACAGUGGUAAACAGAAGGUGGCCUCCGGGGCCAGCCUCCAGUGGUGUGACCACACCUGUGUCCCUGACCAGGUGACCCUCCAAAUGCAACUGGCCACCAAACACAUCGGCAAAGGCUGUGAUAGGGAUACCUACUCCAUUACCUCACAGAGGAAACUGUGUGGUGCCAAUGACCGCAGUGUGGACCUCCUUCCCUCCCCCAGUCUCACCACUUCCUGGACCCAGUACCUGCCUACCGACGAUGGCAAGGAGAGCGACCAGGUGUUUUACUUUGACGGCGAGAGCAACGCUGUGGAGGUCCCAGAAAACCGCUUCAACCACACGCUGCGCAAACACUUCACCAUCAUGACCUGGAUGAAGCACGAGCACGCAGAGCUGAAGGACAAGAAGUAUCGCAAGGAGCACAUCCUGUGCAUGUCUGAUGGGGAGAAUAUGAACCGUCAUCAUUAUUCCCUGUUCGUACACGGAGAUAAACUGGUUCUCCUGCUGCGUAGGGAGGCAGAGGAUGCCUCGGACAUGGAGGUCUUCAAGCCGGCGGAAUGGAGAUGGAAAAUCCCGGAAAUCAAUCAGAGAGAUGAGUGGCAUCAUUAUGCCAUCAGCAUGAAUUUCCCACACGUCCAGCUUUACGUGGAUGGUAACAUGGUUAUUCCGGAUGAUGACAACUCAGAGGUUGUUGAUGACUGGCCUCUCCACAAGACCAACAAAGUUCAGGACACCAAACUUAUAGUUGGAGCAUGCUGGGAAGGUGGUCAUCAUAAAUUCAACCACUAUUUCCGUGGUUACCUGGCUGGUCUGUCCGUCUUGAAGGGUAAGACGGAGAGUGAAAGAGUGAUCAGGUGUCUGAACAACUGCCAGGAAAACUUGGACUUUAGUGCUCUCAGUGCCAUGCACAGUGGAACAACUGUAAGCUUCAAUAGAGAAAUGACAGACUUCAGAAUUCAGAGUAAAAAUGCAUCUGAAGUACAGGCUUUAUUGAGGGAAGUACACUACAUCAACAGCAGGAAAUUCCCCACCCCUGGCCGAAGAAAUCUCACAGUGACAACUGCAAUUCAUUGUGGAUCGACCGAGAUAUUCCUCCCAGUGGUUCAAAGCUACAUCCUGGUCAGGCCAGCAGCUGAGCCCUCCAUCACCAUCCGGGGUAGAUCCACCCUCAGUAGCACCGUUGACAAGCUGAAGGCUGGGGUACCCAUUUUUGAGGACAUCAAUAUUUCUGUAGAUUUCGCUGUUGAGAACACAGAGGGCAAGGUAAACCACAUUCUUGGAAAGGACGAGAUUCAAGGAGAUGGUGACCGUAACAUUGAGCUCGGCAAGGAAGAAAAACUGCAGUUGAAGUUGGAAAAGAAGAAGGCAAAACAGGACACUACAAGCAAGGUAUCUGAUGCCCAGUUUAUUCUCCUGGACUCGUGCACAGUGAAAGCAGAGCCUACCUUAGACCUGCUGCACGAGAGGCUGGAACUGCCCACCAUGAUCAUGAACGAGUUCAACAUGAAGAUCGAGGGCACUCAGACCAGGGAAGGACUGGUGAUCUCGAAUGCUGAUAACAUUGAGAACUACAUUUUGGUGCUGAGGGGAAUACGCUAUGUCCAUGAGAAGGAUACAGCCUUCAGGGACCGCAGCUUCCAUCUGUCUUGCUCUUCGCAAAAUGGUCGUUUCAGCAGCAAUGUUAUGGAUGUCAAGAUCAUGAAGAGCCAUGAGGAGAACAAUGUGGUGCUUCCCAUGAGAGCUCAGCAAGCUGUUCAACACAUCCAACUUCCCUCAGUGAGUGGUACCAGCAACAUGGCUAUUGGAUCAGCUUCUCCCAAUGUAGGUAUGAUAGCCAUCAUUGUUGUGUGUGUUGGUUUCCUUCUGUUCAUGAUAAUCCUGGGGGUGAUCAGGAUCCGCGCUGCCCACAGACGGACACAGGUGGUGCAGGUGGAGCCAGAGAUGGAGUGGGACAACGAUAUGAACAUCACCGUCAAUCCCAUGGAACAGGAGACCCACCCCCUACAUGUUUUCGAUUAUGAUGAUGGUGUCGGCAAAUCCAUGCGAGAUGACAGUGACUCAGAAGAUGACUGUAGCAGCUAUCACGAUGAUGAAGACGAUGACUCUUCGGAUGAAGAGACGGUGCCCAAAAAAGAAUUGGAGUGGGACAAUUCAAUCUAAGGAGCUACAAAAAAAUCAAACAUUUUCAUUGAACGAACUUGGUAUUUUUGGGUUUUUUCUUUUCCUAACUGAACUUAAAUGAAUCCCACCGAGUUAAAACAUUUGUUGCAAUGUUUAGAGAGAAGAAAAGAAAUGUUUUAUUAGUGGCAUUUUUCGAAUUUUAUUUUUUCUUUAAUUGUAUUUAAAUUUGAUUAUAAUCACAUCAUUCACAGUAGAAAUUACCAAUAAUAUGGUAAAAAAAAUAUUCUCAUGGUUUUUCUUUCUAAAUUGUUGACUGGAGCUGUUGUUAAGAUUUUUGCUGGUACCUAAGAAAAAAAAAAUCAUAUCAAUUACAUCCCCGUUGGUAGGGUUUAGUUGCUAUGGUGAAGUUUUGAUGCUUUAAUGUCUUUGCUCUCUUUUUGUCAUUUUACGUGUUGUGUUUUACUCUGUAUGGUGCUGUUAUUAAACAUAAGGAGUACUUUUUCCCCUCACAGACUUUUUCUUUUACGCAGGUGAAGUAUAAAGGAAUGCACUGUUUUGGCAUACACUUUGUUUUCUUUUCCUUUUUAAGAUUUUAUCAGUUGUAAUCAUAGGAUCUUUUACUCAUUUAUUUUUUACUCCUUUUCUCCCCACACUUUUUAUCCUUUUUUUUUUUGAUUCAAGAGUUGUGAAUUUGUGUAUAUAGAAUUUAUAAUAAAAGUGUAUAUAUAUAUCAUUAAAGAACUGGAUGUGAAUAAUUUUUUGAAUCCUUAAAACAAAGAAUAUAUCAUAUUUUCUUAUUUUGAGUUUAACUUUAAAGAAUCACUUUUUACAACAUUCCAUUUUAUUUAUAGGUCAGUAAUUGAUAGUUUAUACACCUUUCAUAUUUAUUUUAACUUACUUAUUAGAUACAUGUACAUUAACUGUAGGAAUUUUACACAGCAGGGCUACCCUGUAGGUUAUGUAACAAUAUGUGUUGUGACUAAUAAUGUUUGUAAACAAAAAAAAAUUUUUUUCCAUGCAUAGCAAAGCAAUCUCAACAAAGUAUUUUCUAUACAUUGUAUAACAUAUUUUCCUUGUAUCAUUAGAAAUUGAUUCCCUAAAAACAGUUGUUAACAAUGAAUCUGAGUUUGUUUAGACAUGUAGUUUUCAGUCAUCAUGGCUAAAUUUUUGUCAGAGAGAAAAAAAUUAUUUCUCUUUUUUUAAUGCAGAGAAUAUGCCAUGAAUUCUUUUUUUUACUACCUGUUGAAAAACAUUAUUAAAUUAAAAGAUAUGGAAAUUAUUCUCUUUACCUCACUGGACAUGCAUGUAAGUAGAUGAACUGACAGCAGUUAGAAGAUACAUAAAUAUUGGGGGAGUUAUUUGGUUGUUGAAGCUGGGUUUCAAGAGGAUCUUGUCCAUUCCAUUAAAGAAAGUUUUGAUUGAUUUUUUUCCUUUGAUCUUCUCAUUCCAUAUUGACAUUCAUACAAUUAGUCUUAUGUUAGCAAGAUCAAUGUAUAUAAAAAAGCAUGACAAAGUUUCUUCAUUCCAUAUAAGCCCCAAUGCAUGUAUAAAUAUUUUUGAUUUCUAUGUGUAUAGCUUGGUUUAGAGUAAAUUGGGGGGAAAAAAAUUAAUUUCUUUUGCAUAAUAAUUCAAGUUUUGCAAUUUUGGAUGUACAGAUACAUCAUAAAGUGUAAUGGGCAUUUUUAGUUUCAUAUUACCGUAAUCCGGCAUUAUUGUUGCUUAUUUUCAUAUCUUUGUAAAUUAGGCUUUUAUGUUGCAUAUUACUUGUAACUUUUUGAAAUAUUGGGAUUUUUUUAAACAUCACAUUUUGUAAUUGGCUGUUUGAACAAUUUUGAAUCAGAAUUGACACAAAGUUAAGUUAUGUACACAGUGAAAACAUUUGUUACUUUGGCGAUAUGGUGAAAAAGGCAUGUAGUGUGUAUCAUUUUUAUAAAUAAAAACAGGCUAUCAUUUA